UGUACCUUUUAUGUUUUUUCAUAUAAAUUUUUGUCUUUUAUUCUUCUGUCGAUUACUGGACACUCUUAUUACCUGUGAAGUGAAUUCAUUAAUUGUUACAAUUUGACACUGUCAAACCUCUCUGUAUAAGGUUGUCAAACCUUUGUCACAUAACCCCUGCCAAAUAACCUCCGUAUUUGUAAAAAUGGCUCUUAAUCAAGCUAAACUUCUUCUACUGGCUUGCCUUAUCCUUUCCACAGCCUUAAUCCGAACCUCUGAGGCUGGUGGUGAGGCUGGCAUAGCCAUAUACUGGGGUAAAAAUGUCGACGAAGGAAGUCUAGCCGAAGCCUGUAAUACGGGCCUCUAUUCUUACAUAAGCAUAGCCUUUCUUAACCAAUUUGGCGGUGGCGUAGACCUGGGACUCGAUAUUGCAGGUCACUGCGACCAAGCAUCCAACACUUGCACCAAAUUCGGCGCACAAAUAAAGACUUGCCAGAGCCUGGGUGUUAAGGUCCUGCUCUCUAUAGGAGGAGGUUUUGUAGGACCUCUUGGACUCUAUUCUUUAGCAUCCCCUGAGGAUGCCAAAAGGGUUGCACAUCAAAUAUGGAACUCCUAUCUGGGUGGUAGCAACUCAUCUGCUACACGUCCUUUCGGAGAUGCUGUUUUAGACGGCAUAGAUUUCGGCAUAGAGAUGGGUUCCCCACUAUAUUAUGACAAUCUUGCAGCUUACUUGAAGGAAUUAUACAACCAACAGGGAACAAAAUCUUACUAUUUAUCUGCAGCUCCUCAGUGUUCUUAUCCUGGUGAUCAUCUUGGGCCAGCCAUCGACACUGGGCUUUUCGACUUUGUUUGGUUUCAGUUCUUUAACAACCCUCAAUGCCAGUAUACUACCGAGUCUGGUGCCGAACUACUUUUAAGUUCAUGGAAUCUAUGGGCUUCGUCUCUUAAAGCAGAGAAGCUGUUUCUGGGGUUACCGGCCAGCUUCGAUGCGGCCCCUUUAGGCGGGUACAUCCCCCCUGAUGUGCUGAAUGAUCAAAUUCUUCCGGUCUUAAAUGCAGCGUCAAAUUUUGGAGGUGUGAUGUUAUGGUCUAGGUAUUAUGAUCUUCUGAGUAAUUACAGUUCUCAAAUUGGCGACCUUGUUUAUUUGAAUUAUCCGCUAUUUUCCAUUUUGUCUAGCUAGGUAUGAAUAAUCCAUCGUUAUCAACUAUAGAUGUAUGAACGAGUGAUUUGUGCUUUGAAAUAAUUUUAAUAUUGAAUAAAUUGGGUACUACUAUCACUCUAUUUUAAUUUA